AUGCUUAGAGAUGGUGUCCCAGCUCUAAUGCCACUCACAGACCUGCCGCAGCCACCAUUUUCGCAUUCUAUCCCUACCACAUCCGUUGCUGGCAACUCGGUGUUCACGACGCCUGCUCCCCAGGAAGGUGUGCCCUUCAAGUGUGACUUUCAACGCUGGUUGGAUGCGCUACCUGAAGCCAUCACGGUGGCGUUGUCAAAGGACCCCGUACCGCCCGCAGAGAGUUUUCGCCAAAUUGAUAGCAUACAGAGAGAGGCGGCUGUGCUGGCCCCAGGAGUGCCGCCCACCCCAACUCCUCGCCUAUUUCCAUGCACUUCUUCCUUUCCCCAUGAUAGAGGAUUCUUUCAAGAACAGCGCUCAGGUCAGCAGGCGGCGCCUGUUCCACCCCCCCUCUCUCAGUCGCUGACAUCUCAUCCACGUCGUACCCUGAUAAAUCUCACUAGUAGCGCUCAUAAUGAGUCAAACGUUGACGACGUGUCCGUUGUCGUGACUCAUGGCGGGCCCUCCGCAACCGCUGCGGUUGGGGUUACCGUGCCUCCUUAUUCACCUCCGAAUCUGCCUACACGUCCGCCGCCACCCUCCCGGGAGCCGCUGCAGACUUCUCUCGAUCAGUUGAAAGCGAGCAUCAAGGCCGUGUCGCAGGAGCUGCGGCAUGUUCAGCAGCAGCGAGAUGAACUUUUGCUGGCAGAGGAUGAGGAGCACGAUCACUCGACCCAGCUCAAUCAGCUAGAUACCCGCAUUUAUCAGCUUCAGGAGCGAUUCACACGUCUGCGGGUCUCGCUUUCAGAGCGCCUACAAAGACCAGCACUGUCGCCCUCAGCUUCGUCAAUUUCCCUUGUGGGUAGUCCGCGAAACAUCUCCUUGGUUUCCAUGGAUCUCCCUUCGUCUGAUUCUACAAACCCUCGUCCCAGUGGCAGUGGCGGCAUGCCCAGCUUGCAGAUGCCCCAUGAUCACCUCAGUCAUCGGCACUUCCUGCCCCCUCAGACAGCUACGCCUACCCAUAGUACCGCCACUGCCGGCACGAACUGGUGCCAGGAUGGGACCUCCCCACGAUUUAACAAUGACUACCCUACCAAUCCUGCUAAUGGCUCAGACCCAUCAAACUUUAGCUAUGCCAAUGGUGGAGGCGUUAACGCAGGCAGGGGGUUGGUCCAGGCCUCAGCAGCUCCGUGGUCGACCAGCAAUGGCCCCAUGGGCGAUGACCGCAACUUUAGUGGCGGUGUGAUGAACCACCCAGAUGGUGGGCCAUCCUUUGGCCUAGGCGGCCGAUCCGGCAUCUCUUUGAAUCCUUCACUGGAUAUAAUGCCCAAUGGCCGAAUUGAUAUCAAUGGCGAUGUACAUACUAGGGACGGCACGAAUACACUUGAUAUCUCGCAGCGCCAGGCAGUUUCCUACCCGCCCUCUAACGGGUUUUCUUGGGAGCAGUACGAGCGGAGUGAUGUUGGGCAUCUUAGUCGUGAUGCCAUUUGCUCCACGGCGGACGUGGUGCUUCCAGUCAACCCGACACAUGAGUACGGUGGCGAGGGUUUUCCCUGGUCCUCAGAGCUGCGUCACACGAUGCGCGAUGUUUUCGGUCUGCACGACUAUCGUUUUCAUCAGCUUGAAAUUAUGAACGCUUGUAUGGAUGAUCGAGACGUCUUUGUGCUGCUUCCUACUGGCGGUGGUAAGUCGCUGUGCUACCAACUGCCUGCACUACUACCUAACCCAGCUCAGGUUACCAUUGUCGUCUCACCACUCAUUUCGCUCAUCCAAGAUCAGGUGUAUGCCCUCAUUGCAAACGAUAUCCCCGCUAUGGCUUUAACGGGGCAAACCGCCGACGCGCCUCGGCGGGCACUCUUUGCCGAGUGGGCCUCCGGUCGCAUUAUCCACACACUGGUCUACGUUACGCCUGAGUACUUUGGCCGAAGUGAUCACUUCGUUCAGACGUUGCGGAGGCUCGCUGAUCAUCGCUUACUCAAUCGAUUUGUUGUCGACGAGGCUCAUUGUGUGUCUCAGUGGGGCCACGACUUCCGCCCGGAUUACCGCAAGCUGGCGCUAUUGAAGCAACAUUUUCCAAAUACUCCCAUCACAGCCCUUACAGCCACGGCCACGGGUAUGGUGCAGCAGGAUGUCAUAAAAACCCUUUCGUUGCGUAGCGCUGUUAUCUUCAAGGGUUCAUUUAAUCGUGCGAAUCUUAAGUACUCUGUGCAACGUGUCGUAGGGAAGCAGGUGUCACCUGUAGUUAAGGAUCUCAUUCUCCACCGCUUCGGCCCCAAGAGCUGCGGGAUCGUUUACUGUCUCUCGCGGAAGGAUUGCGAGGAAAUGGCCUCCGCGCUCAAUGCCUCCGGUAUUCGCGCUUCCUUCUACCACUCAGAAGCCUCAGGAAAGAAUGAGAAACAGGAGCGUUGGACGCGAGAUGAGCUGCAGGUGAUUUGCGCGACCAUAGCGUUUGGCAUGGGUAUCAAUAAGCCGGACGUGCGUUUCGUCAUCCACGCUGCUAUGCCGAAGUCGAUUGAAGGGUAUUACCAGGAAAGCGGUCGUGCAGGGCGCGAUGGUCUCCCAUCGGAGUGUGUCCUCCUUGCCUCUUCGACUGACCGUAUACGACACGAGCGUCUUAUACACGGCUCCAAGGACUGGAAGGCCUCGUUGCUAUCACUCUAUCGUAUGCUGAACUACACUCUCAAUGAUGUGGAUUGCCGGCGAAGGCAGCAGUUGGGCCAUUUCGGCGAGGUCGUGGACGUGCACUACUGCCUCUCGCAGCGCGUGGCCAACAACAAUCGGUCACUGAACCCUGGUGAGUCCCGGGUGGAACUAUGCGACAAUUGUACAAGCAAGCUUAACGAAAGGUGGGAAGCAAAGGAGUUAUGCAUUAACUACAUCCUUAUUGACUUCUUUCAAAUUCUCGUACAUUUGGGGAGUAUGACGGGCAAGCAGCUGGUCGCGGUUUAUCGUGGAGCUCACUCGGAUAUGGGCAAACCAGUAGAAGCCCGGCUGCGACAGAAGGGUGCACCUGCUGAGUACAAGAGCGGCGCUAAGCUACCUAAGACGCUCGUUGAGCGCGUUUUGUUGGAAGGUCUCAUUCUUGGCGUCUUCAAAGAGCGGCUCGACAACGUCAACGAUUACGCCGUGUGUGCGUAUGUCGAAACCGGGGACUGCACUGGGAUAAAGACGUAUCAUGAGAUCAAGGAUGGAAAGCGACAGGUCGUUCUUCGCGUUCGCGGGGAUGCUCCAAAAUUGUCCACCAGGACAACGACGUCUGGGGGGCCUCAUGUCGUUAGCGAUGGCCCAAUAGACUCGACUAAUACAGGUACAGAAAAACGGACAAAGAUCAGUCGCACCAGAGUUGUCAAGGCAGGGGGCUCAGAGCUAGACCAGGGGGCUGGCGAUAUUGAUGACAUUCCGCUGUCCCACCUCUACCCCGAUCAACCCAACCCCAACUUACUUCCGCUGGACUCUAAAGAAGACAAUCCAAGGAAGAAGAGAGGUCAAAAACUGAGUAAAAAACUUGUAUCUCCUCUUCGCGGCUCUGCUUCUGCGGUUGAAGGGGGGGAUCACUCGACCACUUCGCAUUCUCGUCGGCGGGGUGGCGGCGGCGGCAAGGACUGUGAGGCACCCGCAACUCUGUCCUCCACACACGAUCGGCGGCCUCACGACUCCCGCCCACUUCGUCAGUUCAACCCUAAAAAGAAGAAGGGAAACCGCUACGUGCUGGAUGAGUGCAGCGACAGCGGGAGCGUGCUCUCACCUACCCACGAUGAGGAAGAGGAUGCCGUUUCUACCGGCGGCUGCAGUAGCUAUGAGGAUGAUUCGUUUAUUGAUGACGUUUCAUCAUCUUCCGACUAUCAGAUGCUGUCGUCGGACGCGACUGCGCAGACCACACGCGCUGACUUUCCAGGGGAAAAGCGGCCCCGUGGUGGUACGAAGCAACUUGGGGGCACUGGUAUUGCGACUGAAGUCGAGUCCAUCAUCUCAACACCCUAUGACACUCCGGUUAAACAGGCCCCUGUUCAACGCACACACAAGCGCGAAAGAAAAGGCGACGUGUCUGGGAAGCAUGACGGCGGCCCGCAACCGGUCUCAUCCGUGCCGGCUGGCCGCCUCAAACGCCUACAAUCCGUUCUCUUGCCACAACUUGAGUCGCUUGUGCAUCGGCUCGCUGAGAGCUCUGAGGGUGGGCGGCAGUACAAUGUCAUGCCGAAGAAGACCAUCCAGACAUUGGUAGGAACCCUUGGUGAGCCAGGAUGGGGUAGUGUUGAGCAGUUCACUGACCUGGAAGGGAUGGGAAAGAACAAAGUCAAAAAAUUCGGUGCCGACAUUCUGAGGCUCUAUCGACAAUUUCGUUUUGAGCACAUCGGCGACGUCGAGGAGCUCACGGUGGCGGAGGAGGAAUCGCUCAAACAGUUAAGCACAAAUGUGGCUGCACGUCACCGUCUCAAUCGUGGUAAUGCAGCCAACGCAGGUCUCAUAAUAAGUGACGAUGCUGUCAGAGCACAGAGCGUUUCACCAGGGAAGGGUGUCGACGUGCCGAGUAGGGCUGGGGCUGCUUCCGUAAGCACCCUCCAGCCGCCUCGUUUUCUAGAUCCAAACACGCCAGAGAAGCUCCUUAAUGCGUCAUCUCCCAUAAGGGUCGACUUGGGGACUCCAGUCCAAGCUCAACAGGCAAAUACUCCGCUCUUUUCGCCCGCUAAGCCAGCCGGCCCCACUAUCCCAGUGGUGGUGGCACCACACCGCACAACCUUUUCCUUUGCUUCUAGACUGUCCGCCCACCCACCUUCGAACCCGGUCGAUGCGAAGAUAGCAACGCCGCCACGGCUAGCCACAGAGGCCAAAGAUGCUGUUGUUACUGCGGAGAUGGGUACCCCGCAGCAUACUUACGAUCCGUACGCGCACGACGCGGCUUCCGCGAGCGCAGCUGCGAGUGCCACCAUGGAUACAUCUGCUACCCUGCGAGCAUCCGAUUCACCUCCCACUUUGCCGUUUCAAAAAGUCACACAGCAGUCGGUUCCGCUUUUCUUCAAUCCCUUUGCACAACCAGGAAAGAGACCAAGGACCAUUACGUCCACGAGCCCCUCCAUAGGCCGUGCUUCGUAUCCUCAAGAUGAGAUCAUCGGCAGUACGCCAAAUCCCACAUCGGAAAAUCCCAUCUACAGUUUCGUUCCGCUAAACCCCAUCGCUGGCAAGCGGCAACCAUCAGAGUCAAUGCCACCAUUGCCUCAGAAGCCGGAAGUUGCCGCGGCGGGGAUUUCCUGCCCCGUUGACGAGGACACAAGUGGCGUCGAAUACCUCAUGAAGAUGUGCGAUGAUUCCCUGCUUCGCACCCCCCUCAACAGCCUUAGCACACGUUCACCCUCUAAAGCGGGCAGGUUGAGUACCACCAACUCAGCCCCACUUCACGACAGCAGGGGCAGACCUAGUGACGCGGCCGAGGCUAUGUCCUCCUCGGAACGUCUCCUUCGGAGCUCGGACCACCAUGGCUCUUUGAACGCAAUCACCAAUAAGGGAGAGACCCCGAGGGCGGUUGUCGAAUGCGACGGUGCUACUGAGGUUCAGGAGUCGCUUCCAUUCAUCGCUGAAGUAGGAGCCCCGUCGUUUUCGUCCAGCCACAAGGUGUCUGAGGUCUUCACAGUCGAAGACGAGGGUGACUGA